CGUCACGUGAUAAAAAACGUGUAAAUAUGUAAUUCAUUUGACAUUCGUUUCACAUUGCGCAUGUAAUAGUGAAUGAAAAUGGUCUAAAUAGAGCGAUAGCUGAGACGUCAGUGAAUUAAAAAUGUAUCACCAAAAGUCUCGCGAGUGUUCAACAUAAAUAUUCUCAGCUGUUCUGUGACAAUCGUAAUUGUCGACUCGACAGGUGAAUCUAACCUCCUGUGAACGAUUCCCCAAAAAUAACAUUGUGAAAAUCGUGGCGUACAGCUCGGUAAAAAUGAGGAGUAGAAGCAACUCAGGGGUCCAACUGGACUACUACCAGCGAGUGGUCCAAAAGAUAAUAAUGAAUUACCAGAAUCCGGUGACAGGAUUGUUCCCAGCGACGAAUGACAUCGAUCAUGCCUGGAUCAGAGACAAUAUCUACUGCAUCCUGGCGGUCUGGGGUCUGUCCAUGGCAUACAAGAAGAUCGCUGAUGUUGACGAAGACAGAGCGAAGACGUACGAGCUGGAACAGAGUUGUGUCAAGCUGAUGAGGGGUCUUCUGAUGGCGAUGAUGCAGCAGAAAGACAAGGUAGAGAAGUUCAAGAUAACGCAGAAUCCUCUGGAUGCCUUGCACGCCAAGUAUAGCUCAGUCACUGGACAAUCUGUCGUCGGGGACAACGAGUGGGGUCACUUGCAGAUCGACGCUGUCUCCCUUUAUCUCCUGGUGCUGGCACAGAUGACAGCCUCUGGUUUACAGAUUGUCUUCAACCUGGAUGAAGUCGCCUUCAUCCAGAACCUCGUGUUCUACAUUGAGUCUGCUUACUGCACACCAGAUUAUGGAGUCUGGGAGAGAGGGGACAAGACCAAUCAUGGCCUACCUGAGCUCAAUGCCAGCAGCAUUGGCAUGGCGAAGGCUGCUUUGGAAGCUAUGAAUGAAUUGGAUCUCUUUGGAGCUCGUGGUGGACCCACAUCUGUCAUUCAUGUUCUCGCUGAUGAGGCACAGAAGUGCCAGGCUGUUCUCCAGUCUAUGCUGCCCAGGGAAUCCAACUCCAAGGAACUUGACAGCGGACUCCUCUCUAUUAUCAGUUUUCCCGCUUUCGCUGUUGAUGAGCCCAAUCUUAUUCAACUCACCAGGGACGCCAUCACGAAAAAACUCCAGGGGAAAUAUGGCUGCAAGAGAUUUCUCAGGGAUGGAUACAGGACACCUAGGGAGGAUCCCAAUAGACUUUAUUAUGAGCCCUGGGAGCUCAGGAUGUUCGAGAAUAUCGAGUGCGAGUGGCCAUUAUUCUUUUGUUAUCUUAUUCUGGAUUACUGCUUUCAAGGAAAUAAAGAGCUCGUUGAUGAGUACACCCAGGCUCUUGAGGAUAUCAUGAUUAAAGGAGAAGAUGGUAUGAAGCUUGUACCAGAGCUUUAUGCUGUUGCUCAGGAUAAUGUCGCACAGGAGUACGCAGAUCCGGGCAGUCAACCAAGGGAGGCUUUGGGUAGGUGCCCUUUCAAGUGGGCGCAAUCGCUCUAUAUAUUGGGCAAACUUCUGCAGGAGGGAUUCCUGGCUGUUGGGGAGCUUGAUCCACUCAAUAGGAGACUCUGCAGCGAGAAGAAACCUGAUGUAGUUGUACAGGUAGUUAUUCUUGCUGAAGAUGCAGAGAUAAGAGAAAAAAUCGCACAACAUGAUAUACAUGUCCAAACUAUCGCUGAAGUUGCGCCUAUCGAAGUUCAGCCGGCUAAAGUCUUGAGUCAUUUGUAUACAUAUUUAGGACGAAACAAAAAACUCGGUUUAUCUGGUAGAAAAUCUCGAGAUGUUGGAAUUCUGAGCACAAGUAAACUGUACUCCCUCCACGACCGAAUAUUUGCCUUCACACCACAGAACUUUGACGCCGAUGAGUUCUACGUGACGAACGACGCUGCCUUCCUCGCUGAUACGUUUACCACCAAUCUGGCCUUCCUCGGCAUCAACUGGAAGCAAAUGCUUGGGCGACCAACUGUGGCACUCGUUGCUACUCAUAAUCACCUAGAUCAGGGGAAAAUCCCACUGGCCAUGAUCACCACUAUGAAAAAACUCAAGAGUGGAUAUAUCAAUGGAACUCGAGUUUCACUGGGGAAUAUGAAUGAUUUUCUCAGCACCUCUUGCAUUACGAAUCUCAGUUUUUUGGGAAGCUCUGAAGAUGGACGUCCAGACAAGCUCAAUCCUCAGGUUCACCAAUACCUAGAGGAACACUUGAUGCGUGCCUUACCACAUAGAGCGGGUCUUCUGAGAGGUCCGGGAGUCCGAACAGGGAAAAAUCUGCGUCGGAGGAUGUCUGUGAAGGGAGCAAUUAAAAAAACCAGAUCCAUAGCAGUUGAGCCUGCAGUCCCUACUAUCCAGCGAGAACCUGAAAUCUUGGGAAUGGCAGGGGAGGAUCGAAGACCCUCAGUUGUACUGGCCACUAGCCCCUUUAUAGAAGUGACUGACACGAGUGCGUUGUUACCCGUAACUCCAAGUACACAGGCCAACCGCACUCCUUCACCAACCGAGGAAAUUAUGCCCUGGAAGACGUCCCCCAAGCCACUCAGAAAUAGAAACGCCUCGGAAGGUCAGUAUGCUGAUACUGAAGUUGAAGAGCUCAUGGCCAUGCUUAGAGAAACUGAGAGCCUCGAGGAGCAAGGCGACAUUCUACAAUAUCUGGUCGAUUCUCAGGGCUUGCAAUUUCAAACAGGAAUGGUAGAGAACGGUCAUCCAGUUUUGGUGAAAGACCUGCUGAAGUCACUGUAUGAGAGGGCAUGUCAACAAAAAAUGUGGGGAAUAGUUCGUCAUACGGCGGGAAUGCUGGGGAAACGAGUGGAGGAUCUAGCAAAAGCAGUGACUGAUCUGUUAGUCCGCCAGAAGCAAGUGACUGUGGGGAUGCCUCCUGCUAACGAGCACACAAUCAUAGCUCCUCUCCCAGAGAACGAGCUGCGAUCCCUGAUCCAUUUGGCAUACGGAGACGACGAAAGUACAGCGAUGUUGACUCAGGAGUUGUUGGUUUAUCUGGCGAUGUUCAUAAGGACUGAACCCCAGCUCUUCCACGAGAUGCUGAGGCUCAGAGUUGGUUUGAUUAUUCAGGUGAUGGCUACAGAGCUCUCCAGAACGUUGAUCUGUACUGGUGAAGAGGCAUCAGAACAUCUCUUGAAUCUUUCCCCUUUUGAAAUGAAGAAUCUUCUCCACCACAUUAUGAGUGGAAAAGAGUUCGCCAUUAGCAGCGUUGGACGUGGAAACUUCUCGGUUAUCAGUUGUAAAUCUAGCCGACUUAGCAAAAAAUCGCAAAUUGGAGGUUUUCUUAAUGUGGACCAGACAGAUGGCAAUGAACUGGAGCCUGACAGGCAGGGACAGUGGCUGAGACGCAGGAGGCUUGAUGGAGCACUCAACAGGGUCCCUAUGAAAAUUGAUGGGGAUGCAACGCUCUGUUGCGCCAAACCCAAAGAACAACGAGAAACAACCCCUCUAGGGACACUUCUCUGCGGUGGAGCUGCUUACAUCUGUCAACACUUUUAUGACAGUGCGCCCAGUGGCAGUUAUGGUACCAUGACGUAUAUAACAAGAGCCAUUGCGUCAUUACUCAAUUUUCUGCCUAAGGAUGGAGACCUCGAGUGCAGUAUUUCAUGA